UCGUGAGCUACUUGUGAAAUGAGGGUCGUUGUUUUUUGCGCGUGUACCCAAGUUUUACUGAUAUCUGUAUUUUGUUAGGAUAUAUUGAUAACGACAUAUGUGUUCAGAAGAUGUUUAUUAUAUUUUACGUGUUAAUUCAUUCAGCAAUAAUUCCAGAGGGGAAGUUCUUAAUCUUGGCACUGUGACGUUGACUUUUAUUCCGAACUGGAUUUCUUGGAAUUAGUUUUCAGAGGAUUGGCCGUGUUCGUGUUUGUGACAAGUAUAUGUGCAUUUAGGAAGUGUACAGAUACCCCUUGAAAGUUUAAAUAAGUCGUAUUAGUUGCGGUAAGUGUUAAAGAUAUCUCCAGUGUUAGAUAUAUGUAUCAGUGUUACAUAUUUUUGAUCUUUAACACUUUGCUACGUAAGUUCGUGCGUGAGGUAAAGUUUAAAACACUGAACAAUUCUUGCAAGUGGUGGAGCACACGUUCCUAGUAAAUUUUGUGCUGCCAAAAUGGGGAAUAGUGUUGUGUCUGUGCCCCUGAAGUUUCGGGCGGUAAGCAACCGUUUCUACAUGUGACAGCCGUGCUGUCUCAUUCUCCUCCAUCAGGCGAGAGUAUCCACAUCAAGUGAGCAGUGUCGGGUCUGGAUGAGCAUUGGACUGACUGAAGACUUGAGACGAACACGUCCCAGUGAACGCCACGGGGUCGUCCAACCACGUUUGUCACAACCUUAGAAGCUGCGAAAUCUGUGCCACACGUCGGAGCUCCUGUCACAGAGGAAGGGGUCUGUUCAGUGGCUGAUUUCCAUCGUAGCAUCAGUUGGGUGGAGGCAUCUGUCUAACAAGGGUCUAUUUGUUACUAAUCUACAUCGUCUUCGCGACACACUCAGCCUGCUGUCGGAGGGCCAUUCGAUUCAGCAUUCUCAAAGCACCACUUGUUAUGCAGUCCCACUAAGCACAGUUCAAAAUGCAGGGAUGCUGGAGCUUUCUGCUUGGCUUGUGUCCUGAAGCGCAAUCCAGGUCUAGGCAUCUGCGUGGUAUCGAGGGGGCACUGGUUCUCAGUCUGUUUCUUUUGGUGCAUGACACUUGUGGCGAUUACAACACCUGCAGUGUUGGUUUGAGUACUCCUGGAGUGACAAUUCCUAGAGGAGACGUUUUAUUGGAGUAUGGAGAACCUUUGAGAAUCCUAUGUAUAUUGAAUGUGAGCCAUUCGGCAGCUGUGGGAAAGAAUUCAAGUGACUUGGUAUUUUUUCAUGACAGUAAUGAGAUACCACAUGAAUUUGUAACAGUGGUUAAUUCUACAACGCUUGAAAUAUACGUAGAAAAGCCACCAAUUUCCUCCAGCAUGUAUUACUGUAAACUGAAGACAAAUAAUAUACAUGAUCUGUACACAGCCGUCUGCCUCAACAAAGUAGUUGUCGAUCGUAAACCACAAGAAGUUCAAAACUUUUCAUGCAUCUCAAGAAACUGGGAGAAUUUGACAUGUUCAUGGAAGAAACCCCAUAGUUUUAUUACAACCACAUACGAUCUUUCCUUUCGUCUUCCUGGAAGAGCAGGAGGCAGAAUACGCUACAGAUGUCCACAAAUUGUGGAAAAUGAAACAGACAGCUUCUGCUUCUGGGAUCUUACUACAGACCCUCACUAUAGGCAACCAUACGAAUAUUACUACUUCACAUUGAGUGGCAGAAACACGUUUGGUAAUUGGACCAAGCAAAUAAAGUUUCAUCAUUACUGUCAUGUGAUACCAGCACCUCCUCCAGAUCUCAUGAUUGUUAAUGUGACAGUCACUAAUGCCACCUUAGAAUGGCCAGUUCCUUUUCCUCUGCAGAUUUUUCCGCCUGGACUUACACCGAAGGUUGAAUAUCAGUCGACGUAUGAUGAGAGAGGCAAAUGGCUGGUUGCAAAUAUGAGUUCAGUGAAUCGUGACAAUGAGACGUACAGAUACAUAUUGGAUGGCCUGAAGUACGCCAAUACGCUAUAUGAUGUCCGUGUCUACCUGAGCUCUAAGUUAGCACUAGGGGAAGACAAAUGGUCAGCUCCAGCUAUAAACACUUUCAGGACAAAACCUACUAUACCUGGUGCAGUACCAAGAACUGAUAUUGGAAGUUUUGAAGUGUCUGGUGGUCUGCCAAACAGAGAUGUCUACAUUUACUGGCAGCACAUUCCGGAUCAUCUGAAAAAUGGAGAGAACUUUGAAUAUAAAAUUAUAUCUGUUAAGGAAAAUGGACAUGAAAGAUCACUCACACCAAAUGAAACAACAAAUGCAUAUGCAAAGUUCAGAGGAAUAAGCUUUAAUAGCUUCCGGUUCAAAAUUGUAGCAGCAAACAGGGAAGGUUACUCCAAGGAUGUGUCAGAAGUCUACGUUCCAAGCAAGACUGAAUUACCUGCAGAGCCAGUUUCUUUCACAAAAAUUGCAUUUGACAAUGGAGAAUAUGAACUCUCUUGGAAACCACCUGCCAGUGCUGCUGACAGAAGUAAGAUAGAAAAUUAUACCAUUUUUUGGUGUAACCAUGAGCGAGAUAGACCAUACCAAUGCACGGGCUUCCUGAACUGGACUCAUGUACCCAGGAAUGUGACUCUUAAAAAAAUUCAUGUUUCUGAGGACAAGAUAUAUCAGUUUGCCAUCUCUGCAAAUACAAAGAAUGCCAGCAGUGGAAUGGUGUGGGCAUCUUGCACUGUUAUACAUAACAAAGUUGUUGGUAAAAUGAAGAGUGUAUGGAUAAACAGAAUUGGUUCAACGUACAUUGAAGUGGGCUGGAAGCUUGAUUGUUCGGAUCGAAUAGGAACUGUUCAGGGUUUCAACAUUUACUACUGCCCCAUUGUUUCGCCUUAUAACCUUUCUUGUAAAGAGCAUGAAUUGAACACUACAGUGAUGGGUGAUCCUCUAACAAUUCAUGGUAAUAUAACAAAUCUGAAACCCUAUACCAUAUAUAUGGUAGCCAUUGCAGUAAUUACCCAAAGUGGUGAGGGAUUGCAGAGUGAACCAUUGUACAAUACCACCUUAGAAGCAGCGCCAGUUGCUCCAGGCCCAGUGAAUAUAACCGAGAUUACUAAUACAUCAAUGAUUGUGACAUGGCAGCCACCAAAUUCAUUGAAUGGGGCAUUACGGAACUAUGACAUCUUUUAUGGUAGCAGAAAUAAACGGCUGAACAUGAACACAAAUGAGAAGCCAGAGACUAUUCCAGUAUCAGUCAAACUGGAGAACUUGACAAGCUUUUACAACUACACUGUGAGUGUGGUGGCCUGUACUACAGCAUGUUCUGAAAAGUCUCAACCUGUGACUGUCCAGACAGAUAUUGGAGUACCUGGUGUGAUGGAGCGUCCAACCGUCCAGAUCAUCAAUUCGUCCAUGGUGCUGGUGUCGUGGAAACCUCCACAUAACCGUGGAGGUCUCCUGAAUUAUUAUGAAGUGACAGCAAUUAAGGUGGAUGAAGACAGUGAGAGAAAUGAAACACAUCUGUACAACACCACAGCCACCGAGUCACAGAUUCCAGUACCAGAUUGUGAAACGGAAGGCUAUUUGAAGUACUUGUUCCUGGUACGUGCCGUGAAUGUGGGGGCCAAUAAUGUGACUUUCCAUGGAAACUGGAGCAGCCCUGGAGAAAGCAAUUGUUAUAGUUCAGCUAUUCCCAAGGCAUUGGUUAUAGUUAUCUGGGUGUGUGGAACCAUCAUAUUCCUCACCAUGUCCGUCUUCUUUUGCUACAUGGUAAAAAGAGCCUGGCUCAGAUGCAAAGAGAUGCAAGAUGUAGAAGUUAAGUUGCCACCAGGGUUGGCUCCAUCUGAGAAGGAAAAAGACCACGAAUAUUGGCCACCAGUUGAUACUCGUGAUCACAUAUUAGGGAAACCUCGCUCAAAUGCUUCAGCUGAUGAAGAGUACUUGUUGGAUAAGAAGGAGGAGAGACAUGGACGUAACCCAAUUGGAGACUGUAGGAAUGAAAGUGUCUCUUCCUCUCUGAAGUCUGGCACGCAGUUCUGUGAUUCAGGCAUUGAAGUAGAUCAGGUGAGCAUUGCAUCUGCUCUAGCAUAUCUGUACAACUGAAGCUGCAAAGAGAUGAUUUUGUUGUUUUAUGGACUGUUUUAAUGGUACAAAGCACGUUUUGUUCAUUUGGCCAAUGGCCACUUAUCAAGAUUAAUAAGAAAUUAGAGGUUCGUAUGGUUCAUGCUGAUAUUGGUCUUCAGGGUUGUGAGGCCGCAAGUCAAUGUGGCAUUAUCCAGAAGAUUAAUAUCGACAUCCAGAUUAAUAAUUUGGACUGAAUACGUGAUACAUAAUAUGUAGUGCUGAUUUUAGAUUUUAUUUAGAAAUAUGCUGUUUGCAGUUCUGUUAAAAUUUGUAAGAAAUUAACUUACUUUUUAAUAUGGAAAAUUACACUGUGUUUUUGAAUGUGUUAAGUAGUAGAUUGUGUGAACAGUGAUACUCUUAAAGUUUUCAGUGCCAGGCUUGAACAAAUAGCAUUUAUAAUAUUUUAGACUCAUGCAGUUGGGGUAUUAUAUACAGUACAAAGAAUGUAUUUACUUGCAUAUGCAUUUUUUAUUGCUUUUUAGAUGUUUUUUUAGAUAUUUUGAUUGAUAUAAAACACAGUUAACAGAAGUUAUAUUUAUGCUGGAAUGCAUGCCAUUGUAAUAUAUCUAGACUGUUAUGUCCUGGGGAAUUAUGUAGUUAGUACAAAGCAUAUUUUUUUCAAGAUGUGCGUUUGUACAGAGCAGCAUAUCCAUUCAUGUAACAUUUCUUACUGUUUUAUGAUAAUUCUAUUUGUACAAGAAAAUAAGUUACAAAUAAGUGCCGAGCCUUUUAUGGUGACAUGUAUGUGGAUGAAUGUAUAACGUUCGUUUGCUGAGCUGACAUUACAAGAUUAUUUUGGUCACAAUGAAUAAAUGUUUCGUAUGAGUAUAAAACAAGUUAACAGAUGAUAUGUCCCAUCUAAAGCAUUUUUUAAUAAUAAUGUGUUAACUUUAUACUGAUGAAAUUAUGAAGUAAUUCAUUUUUCUUUUAUAAUUAGAUUGUAUAGUUGAUACACUGACUUUUCAUGAAUGAAAAUAACUUCUCUUAUGGUAGUUAACAUUAGUAACUAAUGCUACAGUUGUUUAGAAAACUGUAUUAUUCAUGAUUCUUGUGCAUUAUGAUAAACAAGAAUCCCAGAAUUUAAAUUAAUGUACGGUAAAGUGUACUUUACUAAUUCUUUAAAACGUUUUUUUAAUCUCAACAUAUUCUGCAUAAAUUCAAAGUGAAGGACCAACAUUCACUUUUCGUUGCCUCCGAGUAAGGUAAUCAGUAUCAUAUUUUGUUCGUAUAUUCCAGAUAUUGGCAUGUGGUCUCACUGUCACAUUAAUUAUGUGGCUUAAAAGUGACAAUAAGUAAAUAAAGUAACAGCUUGAAGGCUUUCACCUUGAUACUUCCAGCUUAAAAUAAGAAAGAAAGUAGGUAUUAACAGCUGAAUGACCAUAACAUAAAUCUAAAGAAACAUUGAAUGAAGGUGUAAAUUGAAUUCACUAAAUUCAAGACAAGGUGUUUGAUCUUUGUUAGGCAAUAAUUUGUGUAUGAUUGGGAAAAAAGUGAGAUGAUUUAGUUGUAGCGGCAUAUAGUCUGGCAGAAGUUUACCAGUGUAAAGGGUGAUGAGCCCUGAUGAUGGAGACAGCAAGGACCUCCGAAACAUUGGUAAACUUUGGCCAGACUGCAUGCUGCUACAACCUAAAAGAAAGCCAUCAUCGGACUCACUGCUGUGAAAACCUCAAAUCCUACACAAUAUUUUAAAAUAUAAUGUAAGCACUAUUUGAUUAAUAGUGCUUGAUAUGUCACAUAUGCAGUAUAACCAAUGCCAAAAUCAACUGGUCUGCAGGUUUCAUAUGUCAUGUUGGCUAAUUGUUAUGAACUUCAUCUCUCAGUGAGUUUAGAGCACCAUUUGUGAUGUUGAGAUGCAGAAGGCUGUUAAUUUUGUUUGCUCUGGCAAACAUGCUUUUCCUCUGUAAGGAUGAAGCAAUCUGUUUUCUGCAGUUCCUCAGUCCACAGUCUGUCAUAUGUUCAUUUACACAUACUUUUCCAGGAUUUUAGUAAAUGUCUGCUGAUUUUAAUAUUUUGUGUAAUUCUGUUUUGUUUUUACUAAAUAACGGCACAUUGUAUAUCUGUGUCAAUAUAGUAUUCAUUACGCAGCAAUGUGAUAGAAAAAUUAAAACUACUUUUAUGGUA